UUUCUGUCUGUCAGAAUAAUUUGAUCAACCAAACAUUGAGCAAUAACAGUUCAAGGAAAUAUAAUUAUUGUCGACUAUAGAAAUUACUUUUGUUAUUGACACGAAAACAUUUGAAAAAAGUGCAAAACGGUGUGAAUUUUAUCCUGGAAACAUGGUGUACAUUAAAGGAGAUGGGACAGUGGUGGAGCGCACCCCUUUUAGCUUGUUUGGAUGGUUUUGGGGCAUUGUGAACUUUAUCUUCUUAUUGUUCCAGACUCUGAUCAACCCUAACUACAGCAAGCAUGGAGACAAGUACGUGAGAGACUUCAGGCCUCCAGGCAGCGGGCCACCAAAACCACCAUCGAGGAAGUUCGGCGGCUUCGGACCCUCGGGUUCAGGUCCCUCUCCACCUCCAAUGGGAGGAUGCGGCUGUGGGUAACCCCAACAACACUAUACACGACUGUAACCAAGUAACAUUAUAUAACUUUAAUAAAUAAUGGCUUCUAGGUUUAACAAUUUAAGCAAUUUCCCAUCAGACACACUUUGGACUUGUAUUACAUACAUUUUAUGUAAGAAAAUCUAUAAGCAUGCAUGAAACAACCAUGGUGCUACAACCAUGUAUUAAAAUACUGUAAUAAUGUGCAAUGCAACAGUUAUUGUUGUAGGCGUACAGGUCAAUCUGUAUGUUCGCAAUUUCAAACAGGUCCCUGGAUAAUGUUCUAUGUGCGAUAGUUAGCAAGAUGUGUGGGCAAUGUCACAUUACGAUAUUUAGAUCUGAGUGUUAUAUAAGUAUGUAAUAAAAUCUUCUCUUGUCGUAUCUGCCACACAAUUUGCCCGCUACACUAACUGUCUCAACAUCACCACUUAUAUAUUAUUUCGAUAAAUAUUCCACAUUUGUCUUUCUUAGAUUAUGUUAAUUUAGUUUUACUAAAAAUACUUAAUGAUUCCUAAAGUUAAUUGUUUAGUUAAAAAUUAUGCUUUAUUUCGAGUUUAAAAUGAUAAAUCUGUUAUUGUCAUGAAUUAAAAAUUCUUUAUUUUCAAAUUCUCUAUUUCAUAUAAUUAUUUUGACGAAAACACGAUGCGUGUCAAUCUAUCAGCAUUAUGUUUAAUCAAUUAUUUAUCCUCAAUUUCCUAAUUUCAUCUCUGAAAGGUUAAAUAAAACACAGUUUGCAUCAGAUAACUUGUUUAUUAACACCACACAACUAUUGUAUAGACGUCGAAGUAAAUAAAUAAAAUUAACUAUAAAUACCUAAA